AUGUGUGAAAAAGACACUGGCAAUUGUGUUUGCAACGAAAAUCAUGUUGGAAACAAUUGCAGUCUUUGUAAGCCUUUCAAAUAUGGACAACACUGUCACCUCGACUGCCCAAAAGAAUGUUUAACGUGUACUUCAGAUGAAGGCUGUCAUCAAGUGGAUGUAAUGUCUUCAACCUUACAUCAGCGACUUGGUUCAGUUCUUUUCAUUGUAUCGCUUGUGUGUCUGAUCAUUGUUAUUAUGAUAACAGUCAUAUCAACUGUACAAAGUUUUAAAAAUGAACCAAGCCGUCGUGCAGUAGAAGGUUUAGGGGAAUCGGUUACUUACACAGGAGUGAGAAAUUCUGAAGAAAUACUGUCUUGUAAAGACGAUAAGAGAAAUCAGCAACAUGUAGAACGAGUGGAAAAUAUUAAUCCAGCUGUCAUAGUCGGUAGUGUUGAACCAACCGAACAGGAAAAUAUAAAUAUAUUUUAUGUAAACGUAAAUGAAUAUGCAAGUAUUGAACGGAAACAAUUUCAAAACAUCACUGAAGACAAUGAGGAUGAAAUCCAACCUGCAGAUGACAAUGAAUUGGUUGAUGCCUUUCUAUACGCCAACACGGAAGAGUUCUUCAAACGUAGAGUGCCAGUUGAUAAACUCAGAGAUUUCGUAAAAAACAAAACAGACCUUGAAUACAUUGAGGAAUUUAUGGUAACAUUCAAAGAUAUUUAUUAUUUCCUUGAAUAA